UCGCAGCUAUUGAGUAUCAUAACUUCAGCAAUCUUCUUAGCGAAUUAUUUGCAAAGUUCCAAAAGUGUUCUUUUAAAAAAAGCCAAUUAAAAAUCUAUUCAAAAUGAAAUCAUUUGUUGCAGUUCUUUUUGUUGCCUUCGUUGCCUCAGCUGUUUAUGCUGAUGAAGAAGUUUCAAAGAAGGAAAAACGUGGACUUUCAUAUGGAUUAGGAUAUGGCAGUGGCUUAGGAUAUGGUAGCAGCUAUGGAUAUGGAAGUGGAUAUGGAUAUGGAAGUGGUUAUGGAUUAGGAAGUACUUAUACAGUCGGAUCUCCACUCGUUAGCGGAUAUUCAGCAGUUUCAGCUCAUCCAGCAUACUACGGUAGCUCAUUAGGAAGCACAUACGGCAGUUCAUAUGGUGGUUAUGGAUAUAGCGGACUUGGAUCAUACGGAUAUGGCUCACCAUACAGCUACUCAUCAUAUCCAGUUUACAAAUCAUACUCAUCUUACCCAUACAGCUCUACUUAUUAUGGCAAUUACAACCAUGGACUUUACGGAUCAUACCCUUAUGGUGGCCUAGUAUACUAAGUCAUUGAAAUUCGAUAAAAAAUUUGACUUUCCCACGCACUGCCUGGAUGGUCUCAAAGAGAAAAGCCAAAAAAAAUCAUUUUGUGUAUACUCAUGACUCGUUUCC